AUGAGAACUGCAGGUAGUCCGCCAUUGCUGUAUGAAGAACUAUCGGAUUUGGCAUUUGGCUGUCAACAAUAAACUUGCAGAGCCGGGACGCGGAGCUACGAGGUCGAGUGAAAGCUCGUCGGUUGCUCCAUAAACCAGUAGUCAUCCCCGUCCCUCCCCGGAGAACAUUUUCAUGUGAAUACAGAGCCCACGGUCGAGGCAACCAUGUCCAAUCUCAGCAAAGGCGGCACCAAGAAGGACACCAAAAUGAGGAUACGGGCCUUUCCUAUGACUAUGGAUGAGAAGUAUGUCAACAAUAUCUGGGACCUUUUGAAAAAUGCCAUCCAGGAGAUUCAGAGGAAGAACAACAGCGGCCUGAGUUUUGAGGAACUGUACAGAAAUGCAUACACCAUGGUGCUUCACAAACAUGGAGAGAAGCUCUACACAGGCCUGCGAGAGGUCGUCACCGAACAUCUUAUAAACAAAGUAAGCUUAACACAAUUUCAUCAGGGUGGCCAAGCAUUUUACAGGUUUUUACAUAAAUCAUACAGGCUGUUGGUUUUGCGAAACUCUGUGCACUGGCUUUAUAUGAAAUGAAUAUCAUUUUAAUUC